AUGAACGACAUGACGGAGUUGUCGGUGAAGUGCGUCCUGGUCGGGGACAGUGCGGUCGGUAAGACGGCCCUGCUGGUCCGUUUCACUUCAGAGACCUUUCCGGACUCUUACAAGCCAACGGUUUUUGACAACACGGGCGUGGAGGUCUACAUGGACGGGGUCCAGAUCAGCCUCGGGCUGUGGGACACGGCGGGUAACGACAACUUCAGGCAGAUCCGACCCAGGUCGUACCAACAGGCCGACGUCGUCCUCAUGUGCUACUCUGUGGCCAACCCUCACUCUCUAGCCAGCAUCCAGCGCAAGUGGAUCGCCGAGGUGCGGGAAAACCUGCCCAAGGUGCCGGUGCUGGUCGUGGCAACGCAGACGGACCUGAGGGAGGCGGGGGUCCAUCGAGGCAGCUGCAUCUCACCUGCUGAGGGGAAACGAGUGGCUCACGAGGUGCACGCUAAGGGCUACCUGGAGUGCUCGUCCUUAAGCAACCGCGGCGUGCAGCAGGUGUUCGAGUACGCCGUGCGGACAGUUUUCAACAAGUACAAGAAACGGGAGCGGAGACGAGUGUUUAGCAUCAACCAGUGCAAGAUCUUUUGA